CAAAUUGUAUUAUAUAUAGUGCACUUUGCGUCAGCUUGCACUUCGGCCAUCCCGUCUGUCUUCACACGUGCUCGCCCUGGUCUUUGCGUUGCUUCCCACCACAGCUGUUCACAUAGUGUACCUGUAUAUUUUCGAUACCAUUUAGGGUGCCUUGUGUCUUUUCCGUGCAGUUCGAGUAGGUUUCUGUGCGCAUCUGACGGUUGGUAGUUUUGUCCCUCGUCCCCCUCUCACGUUCUUGCCUCCUUCACCUUUGUGAUAGUGUCAUGUAUCCUUAUAUCACUUGUUACACCUUGUGUUGCAUGUCCAUCCUUCCUGUGCGCCUCUUGUGUGCGGUUUGUGUAGGUGACCGUUGGCUGUCGAUGCCCUUAGUGCCCACACCUCCAUGAGGCAGACACAGCCUGUUGCAGACGGAGAUUAAGAGGGAUACAUUGAGGUGCAGCUGUGGUCGUUUCGGCUUCGUAAUCCUGCCAGACUACACUUCAAGUUUUGCACUCAGCCAUCUGCAGUUGUGGUGCCCUGUGACUUUCGUGAGAGUGUCUGGACGAACAUUUGCCUGUUCUGACUACCUAAAGCUGUUUAUUAGUUGUUUUUGCCCCACUCUGCGAUUCCCUGCAUGAUAUCCUCGACGUCACCCACAGGGUGUUGCGUCGCUGGCGGGCCAGAGGUGUCAGUUCCAGAGGGAUACUGGUCUGAGACAGGGAUUGCUUGAUUGUACAUGCUAUGAUAUGCAUUUGCUUGCUGUGCUGUGUAGCAUUGUUUGGCGGUGGGGGUGAUGGUAUGUUCCUUAAUACGCACGGCUCACUUGGACUUAGACUUUUAGUGUGAUACCAUAUGGGCUGCAGACCAGACCUUCAGGCCCCACAGAUGUGGCUGCAGACACUCUGCGUGUAUGCCCUAUGGCCUUCGGGCUUUGGGUUUGCCGACACUGUGAAAAUAAUAAUAAUAAUAAUAAUAAUGAGCUUCCUUUACUCUGGAUAUCAGCAAAACCUAAGCAGGUCUAUUCGCAGGCGUGUCAAGGUCUGCCUCGAUGAUCACCCCCUGGAGGAACUGUUCACAGCCAGCAUGUGCGGCCAUGCCUGGAUGUGCCGGGAGGCUGCCAGGAAGACAGUGCUCCAGGCCAUCAGGGGCUCCAGCCUGCCCAUCCCCUGCCCGAUCUGCCAGGCCGGGGGUGAAGCACUCUGCGCCAGAUGCACCUAG